AUGGACCCGCAGGGUGGGACGGACGGCGGUGCGACUUCUGCCCCCAAUCUUAUGAUGCCCAGAGAACUAACACCAGACUGGAACGGAGCAGGCUAUGGCGACAAGGUGGAUACUUUUGACCGUGACAGCUGCAGGGGUGACACCUCUCCCCCCACCAACCGGUCGGGCCCACAGAAGCCGCAAACGCACCGACGACCGGACAAGCACCCGUGCCGCUUCUGUCCUUACUCAACCACUUCCGCAGCAAAUGUCGCCAUCCACGAGAGGACACACACUGGAGAGAGGCCCUUCAGUUGCGGUGCCUGCAAGAAAACGUUCGCGCGGAAGGCUCACUUGAUAUCUCACGUUAAAAUUCACACCGGAGAGAAGCCGUUCAAGUGCAACACGUGCAGCAGGGCGUUUAGUCAUAAACGCACCUUGGCGGAUCACGAAAGAAUUCAUACCGGAGAGAAGCCGUUCAAGUGCAACACGUGCAGCAGGACAUUUAUUCAGAAAUGCAUCUUAACUAAUCAUGAGAGGACUCACACAGGAGAGAAGCCGUACAGGUGCGAGACCUGCAGCAGAGCGUUUGCGGCUUAUAGCAAUUUACACACUCAUCGGAAGAUGCAUCACAAGUGA